AUGCCUGCUCAUGUGAAGAAAAAGAAGAUUGCACAGGUUGCCUCUUCUUCCAACCAACCUUGUGUUAAGCAGAAGUGGGACAACGACUUACUAAACAAGCUCCUUCCAGACGGACCUCCGGAUGAAGCUGCUGCAUAUGGCAGCUUGGAGUUUGAUGAGGUAUUAGAUGAGACAGUACGGUUCAAUUCUCCACUCAUUCAAUCUGAAUGGUGA